AUGCGAGUUGGCGGCAACUCAAAGUUCCCUGGUAAAGAUCCUCAAAUGCCAAAGAGCGAUGGAAGAUUGAUGCUUGAGUUUCGGUUGAAGGAUAAAAGAUCUGCAAAAUGGGUUCGUUCUAUCACAAAACUCAAAGAUGUGAUUUCAACAGUUCGACAAAGACAAUCGAGGAUUGCAAGAAAAAUCUCCAUAGCAGAAGGCGAAGUAAAAUGGAGUAAAAUUUUGACGUGUUGGACACCACUUAUCAAACGAGAACGAUGGAGACGACAUCCGAAAGCACUGCAACGACUUCAAGAUGAAAAGUACAUGGCAAGAAGGAAAAAGGAACAUAGCUAUUGGAAACCAUUAAAACAUACUUUUGCAAUCCCACUGCUGACUGGUUAA